GUUAAAGUACUCCCCAUCUUGUAGCUUCUCUUUUUGGGGUUGCUUAUUCCAGAGAAGAAGCAGGCACCAUCACAAAAGAGUUGGUUGGCACCAGGACCAUGGAAGGCUCAUGGAAGAGUUGGGUAUUGCUGCUGGUGUUCUCUCUGGCUUUCUAUCAAGCUGCUGGAAACCCUGUGACAUCACAGAAAGAAUGUACAGAAGAUCCAUCGAUAUUGUGUCAGGAUUUUGCUACAGCUCUGAAGUGUGGAAGUCUGGAGCGCUGUCACCAGAUGCUGCAAGUUAACAGGCCUACUAGCUUUAGAUGUACCCUUUGUAAACUCGUUGUAGUCAUGAUGGCAAAGAUUGUUCAAGACAAUUCUACAGAUGAAAAACUUGCUAAUUUUUUUGAGAGGGGAUGCCAGUAUCUUCCCUUCCAGGACUGGUCAGUCAAAUGCAAGAAGAUGGUGGACACAGGAGUGAUCAUUCUUACAGAGCUUGGUAAACAAGUUCAGGAUAGACCUGAAAUUGUGUGUGACGCUUUUCUACUCUGCAAUCAGCUAAAUAGCUCUGCGGAAGCCCUGAAUUUUCAGAACCAGCCAAAAUCAGAAGAAUGGCCUGAAAUAACAGACUUUCCUGAAAUAUUGUCUCCCUUCAUGGCUAAUGUGCCUCUUCUCUUCAAUUCUCAAGAUAAACCCCAAACAGAGCCUUGGUUCUGGCAGAGUAAUGUGGAUCCGUGUCAUGAAUGCAAGGUGGUGGCUGUUGAAAUACAUGAAAUCUUGAAAAACAGCCCCUCCCUUAUCCAGACUUUGCAGGACUACGCCAGGCAGAAGUGUGAAAGUUUGGGAACCCACAUGGCGUAUGAGUGCAAGAAAUACGUCCCUGAAUAUGCACAUGCUUUUGUGCAAUUCCUCAUGCAACUCUUGCCACCAAUGGGAAUUUGCGGUAAAAUUGGAUUCUGUAACGCUACAAAAUCAGAGCCUUUCUAUCCAUUGAAACCAAUGGAGUACCUUUCAGACUUGUAUGGAGCAAUAGUUAAGGAAAUUUCAGAUGUGGAUAAACCUCAUGUGAUGUGUGAUAUUUGCAAGAAAGUAGUACAGGUGGCAGAAAACAUGGUGGAGAACAAUCACACGGAAGAGGAAAUAGUCCAUCAGAUGACGAACAUUUGUUACAUGUUGCCUCAUGAAGUCGUUCCCCAGUGUAGGGACUUUGUGAAUUCCUAUGGAAUGGCGGUUCUCAUUAUGCUGUUGGAUGCCACUAAGCCUGAAUCCAUGUGCAUUAUGCUCAGUUUUUGCCCUGAAGAUGUAUCUUUAAGCACCAAGAAAAUAGAUCACGAGGAAAUAGCCCCUGAGAAGAAAGUAGCCCUUGAGAAAGUAUCAGAACACAAGGAUGGUGAAAUAUGUCACAUGUGUGUAGUUCUUGUUAAUUAUAUUGAUGAUCAACUGGAGAAGAAUGAGACACAAGCCCAGAUUGGAUCUUUCCUGGCAAAAGGAUGCAAAUUACUCCCAGAAGCUUUGGUAUAUCCAUGUGAUCAUCUGGUGGACCAAUAUGAACCAGCUGCUAUCCUACUUCUGAUACAGAUCCUGCAACCAUCCUUUGUGUGUGUGAAAGUAGGAAUUUGUCCUGAACCCCAUCAUGUAGGGAUGGAGGCCUGUUCCCACGGCCCAACUUUUUGGUGUAAGAAUCCUGAGACUGCAGAGCAAUGCCAGGCCACUGAAUAUUGCAAGCGCCACAUGUGGAACUAGAGGAAGGAGGUCCUAGCAGUGGAAGAACAUUGGCACUGUGAUGUUCAUCAGUACAUCUGGAAACAUGAUUUGGGUGAAAAAUUGUGAAAAAAAUCUAAAUCUUGGCAGAAGCCCAUCUUCCUUUCCCACCUUAAGCUCUCGGUCCCAUAGGAGACCACCAUUUUCUUUGCUGAUCAAGUUCUGAAUCGUUUUUUUUUUUCAUUUUGAGCUAUGGUGAGAAAGGAAUGUAGUUGAGAAGAGGAGGGGGGCAGGAUUAAGAAUUUCUUGGGAUUGUGUUUAUAAUUGCAAUAACUGAUUUUAGGAAGGUAAAUCAACAAUAUAGUCAACAUAAUCAGAAAAAGAUAAUUUAUGCUGGGAUUUUCAAGUGAAUAGCAAGGUUGAAUUUUGAAGAUUUCCUUGCACUUAAGUGGGAAGAUGCUUUAGGAUGUUGUUGUCCAAAACAGAUUAGAAGCAACAACAGCUGCAAAGGUAGUGGAUGUGAAAAGGUGUUGUGCCAAUGGAGCAUUAUUCUUCACAAAAGAAAUAAUUGUGAUCUUAAAAUGUCAAGGAACAUCUGCUACUUUUUCUUAAGAAGCUCCGAGUUAAAAUCAUGUAAAUGCUAAACCUUAUAGCUAUUUUUGAAAUGUACAAUAGAGCAAUGAGGCUUUCCCUUCAAUGCUUAUGCACAUUUUAUCAGCUGAAAAAAGGGUAGAUGUUGAUCUAUUUGAUAUUGACUGACUAAUUGGCAACUGUACCUUUACAAACACUGUACAUUUUCAGAUUGGAUGCUAAAUAAAACCUUGAUCCUUGAACCAA